CCCAGUGUCCAAAUCGACCUCUUUAUCUUCAACCCCGCCCGCAAUGGAUCAAACUUGAAAUUUCUAGUCCAAUCCAUAACGCCUUCUUGAACCACUCAAAAUGACAGUACCCGUCGCGGGCCGAGGACCAGCCGUUGCUGGAGUUGCGGGCUUCUUCGUUGCACUUGCCACCAUCACAGUUGUACUACGGUGCUAUUGUCGAGUCAUCGUUGUAAAACAAUUUGGUCUCGAUGACUGGUUUACUUUGAUCUCAUGGAUAUUGUUCGUAUUCUAUUGCACCUUCUCCAUUGCGGGUACGCAUCAUGGCACAGGUCAGCAUGUGACUGACCUUCCACCAGCGGAGGUACCUAUUGGGUUGAAGUGGUGGUGGUCAUGCGAGCCGGUUUAUGUUCUCUCCAACAUGUCCUUGAAAGCAAGCAUCGGCGUCAUGCUCCUCAGAAUCGCUGUUUCCAGGGCACACAAGGUCAUCAUCUGGACCACGGUUGGGAUCCUUGAAAUCUGUGGCUUGGGAUACUUCCUUCUCUUCGUCAUGCAGUGCUUGCCAUCCGAGUACUUCUGGACUCGCUUCACAGGUGGAUCAGGGUCUUGCUUGAACCCUAGUAUUGUUGUCGACGCAACCUAUGCCUACUCCGCUGUUACCUGUGCCACGGACUGGAUCCUAGGACUCCUACCGAUUUCUCUCGUGUGGGACCUGCAGAUGACCCGUCGCACGAAACUCAUGGUUGCUGGCAUUCUGGCGCUAGGUGCAAUUGCCUCGACAGCAACAAUCGUGCGAAUCCCUUACGUCAAAGACCUCUCCAACCAAGCAGACUUCCUCUGGGCCACGGUUGACGUAGCAAUUUGGUCGACGGCCGAAACCGGAAUCGGCCUAACAGCCUCCUCGAUCGCUACUCUCCGGCCCCUCUUGAGGAUGUUCUCGACCGGCUCCAAACUAUCCGGUGGUAGUUCUUCCCAAGGUGGCACUAACGGAUGGCCUGCCACUGGUACCAAUGGUUAUAUUCGGAGUCGAACGCCCAGAACCGGUGCUCAGGAAGAGUUCGGUUUGAGGAAUGAUGUCGGGAAGAACCGCGGCGUUACGACUCUGGUGGAAGCUGGGGGGGACGUGGAGAGAGGACAGGGCGGGAAAGGCGUGAGGAGGAGCAUGUCGGGACAUAGGAGGGACAGUGGGGGUCCGCUGACGAGCGAUCCGAAUUGGAACAGUAGCGAGACCAAGUUGACGGAUAUCAGUAGUGAGGAUGGGCACCAGGGGAGUUGGCCGACGGGGAUCAAGACAACGACGGUGACGCGGACUGUCGUUGAGUAGGGUAACUAUCACGGAGCCGCAGGUUGUGCGCGAAAAGACAGGGCUUGGGCUGAAAACCAACUUGCCAUGCGUGAGACUAAGCCGGGGAAAAGGGAAAAGGAAGAAGUUUUACGCGCUUUGUUUGUUUUGUUGAGCAAGAUGGUUAUCUUGGCAUUUUCGAUCCACGGCAUAUGGAUUGCCCACUCAUGUACAUAUAUCGAGGGAUUCCCCUACCCUCUCUCUCUUUCGUUCUCUUUCUUCUUCUUCAAUCAUCAAGUUCACCACCACUUUCGUUCAUUCUUGUGCCCGGGCUCGUAUUGAUAUCCACUCCGUUCACUUCGACAGUUCUACGCGCUCCGCCCGUAUCCCCAUGGUUAGUACGCAGACUGGACAAUGACAGCGUAUACGCCUUCUCCUCGCACCGGUCCCAAUUGCUAAGGUACUUAUUAGACCUUCAAGACUUGACGAC